UGGUGGGUGGGGCCGGGGGAGGGGUGGCCCUGGCAUGUGUGAUCGCCACUUAGCCUACCUUAUAUCAAGUAUGAAUUAGUAGCCACUACGGGCCUCAGCUGGGCCAUAUCUGGAGAACUGGGGUGGGGGUACAACAUCAUAAAAUACCUGGCCCCAGUCUGGCCACCCAUCCCCUUUGGGGCAACAAGGAAGCCAGCCUGUGGUCUGAGAACGCAACACCUGAAACGGAGGCCAGAGGAAGUAUUUGCCCGCCCUCACCCCUCUGCCCCUGCUUCCACCCCAUCUGCCCACCCUCUAAGGACCAUGCCGCAUGUCAUCGCUCGAACACUCAGGAUGGCCCAGUGUGGGCAUCAUUCAGGGCUGCCUGCAGAGAAGAUCUCUCCGGGUGUCACUAUGGUGAUAGUGAAGACACCAGGCAAGCAGGAAGACUUUGUGAUAGCCAGUGAUACCUCGGUGAGGCAGUUCAAGGAGAAGCUAUCGGCUCACUUUAAAUGCCAAAUGGACCAACUAGUGCUUGUCUUCAUGGGCCGCCUUCUCAAAGACCAUGAUGUGCUGAGCCAGAGGGGCAUCCUGAAUGGUCACACCAUCCACGUAGUCAUCAAGUCUAAAAAUGGCUCCAGAUCCCCAGCCCAUUUCUCCCAGGACCUGUCAGCCAAUAAACCCUGCCACCAGGACAAAAACACCAAAGGAAACAGCAGUGGGGAACACCAAUCUGCUGGUGUGGGUUACACCGCAGUGGAGUCAGCUCUCUCAGAGGAUGCACCCAAGGUGCAUACCCAGGACUUGAAAGUGGGUAGUCUAGAGUGCAUAGCACAGAUACUGGAGAAUCCUAGCAUCAGGCAACUCCUGUCCAACACAGACUUCAUGAGACAGUUCAUCUCAGAACACCUAGACAUGCAGCAAUUGAUGCAGCAGAACCCAGAGGUCUCACACAGCCUUGACAAUUCUGAGAUCCUGUGGAAGACUCUGGAGCUGACCAGGAACCUGGCAGUGAUUCAAGAGAUAGUGCAGAUCCAGCAACCUGUACAGAAUCUUGAGAGCCCACCGAACCCACAGUCAUAUGUAGGCUUAGAGACUGUCCCAGGAUGGGACAAUGCCUCAGGUCAGAGUUCUGCUGAUUUCAAUCAUCAGAUGCUCAACAGUGCACAAGAUCCAUUUGGGGGCAACAUUUUCACAGCUCUCCUGGGAGGACAAGUGCCAGAGCAAGUCCAGUUUUCACUCCCGUCUCCACCACCAUCCCAGGAAUGGCAGGAACAUCUCCAACAGCCCCCUACAGCCCGAGUCAUCCAUGCUAGUUCUCGAGGUGUAUCUUCAAUCACUUCAGCCAAUUCUACCCCCAACAUGGCAAAUCAUACUUGCAGGGCCAGUACUUCUAACCCCACUAAUGGUCAGAGGCAUACUUGUGCAGUGGAGCAGCCAACUGGAAUACCAGAUUUACCUAGCAGAGAGCUCAACCAGCUGCCCCAGGCAGAAGACAGAGAUGACACCAUUUCUAUAGAUAGCUCUAGCCAGAAAUUAGAUGAUCUCCAGCAGUCAAAUGAGCAGACCAGCUCCCAGAUCACAGGAAGCAUGAUGCAACUGCUUUUGAACAACCCUUCCCUGGCAGCCCAGAUGAUGAUGUUCAUGAGUGUGCCCCAGCUGAGUGAACAGUGGAGGCAGCAACUGCCUGCAUUUCUGCAGCAGACUCAGUUUUCUGAUAUGCUUAUAGCUCUAGCCAACCCUAAAGCAUCACAAGCAAUACUGCAGAUUGAGCAGAGUCUGCAGCUGUUGGCCACUGAGGCUCCUAUUCUUCUACCCUGGCUUGCCUCCUACUUAUGGGGCCUGGGCUGGCUUCCUGCGCCCAGCUGCAGCUACCCUGACACAGUGCCCGGGGCCUGGGAUGUGCCCAAUACGGCUGAAUCUAAAGGACCUGAGUCCUGUCCCAAAUCGGGAACAGUCCUACAGAGGCUACAGUCCCUAGCUGGAGACACUUCCCACCUUCUACAAACCCCUGAGACUUGUUUCAGCAAGCAAAUGGAAUAUCUCCAGGCCCUGGGAUUUGCAAACCACCACGCCAAUCUUCAGGCCCUCAUUGCCACCAAGGGAGACACCAGCGCUGCCAUCCAGAAGCUCAGGAGAUCCCAGGGAUCCUAACCACUGGGUCUACCUCUUUGCUUUGCUACCUGCCUGCCAACCCAUUUGACUACCUCAUCUGCCUUCAUCUUUUCUGGUGCUUCCGGUGCUUCAGGAGAAGUCCUAGAAUGGGGAAAACCAAACAGUGCUUUCUUCACUGAAUAAUAGACCAUUGGCCAUAGCUGAGAGAUCUGUCAAUAAAAUGGCUACAUCAACUUGA